CCACCAGUGAACUUUAUCAGUGCUUAAAUCAGUGUCAAAACCUAAAGUAUCUAUAUCAAAAGUAUGCAAACGACAGAAGUUCGAUUUGUGGUUCUGUUUCUAUUCUUGUACAGUGGUGUAGAGGCAAAGUUUCGCGAAUGUGGAGAAUUUGAUCCGAAUGGCAUAGUUGCACGUACAAUAAAAGAAGAUUUGAAGGUAUUACCAUUCCAAGACGAAUUGAAAAAGAUUUUCGAUGCCUUUGACAAAAAUGAUAACGAGCGUAUGGAAGAGGCUUAUAAAUCAUUGGAAAAUAUCGAAAUCAACGAUGUAGAAGAUUAUGCAGCUGAUGUCAUCAAAUUUGUGCCUGAUCGCAUCAAAUCUGAAGGUUAUCCUUCAGAAGUACAUCAGGUACAGACAGAUGAUGGAUAUAAAUUACAAUUGCACCGCAUUCCGUAUGGAAAAAAUUCGCCCAAAACUGAUAAACCAAGACCACCUGUAUAUUUAAUGCACGGUUUCAUGGAUUCGUCCAAUGGCUGGAUCGUGUUGGGACCAGAAAAUUCUUUAGCUUACUUGCUUGCAGACGAAGGCUACGAUGUCUGGAUGGGUAAUGCGCGAGGAACCGAACCAUCACGUGAACAUGUACGCUUGAAACCGAAUGGGUUAAAACAAAAAGAAUUCUGGUCAUUUUCGUGGCAUGAAAUUGGAGUUUCUGAUUUGCCCGCAUCAAUUGACUACAUUUUGAAUGAGACGAAAUUCGAGAAAUUGAGUUACGUUGGAUUUUCACAAGGAACCACCUCAUUCUUUGUAUUAACAUCGAUGCGACCCGAAUAUAAUAACAAAAUCAUCGAAGCGAAUUUGUUGGCGCCUGUGGCUCUUUUGAAAGGACAUAACAGUCCACUGUACAGUGUCAUCGCACAUUUCUACAAACCACUCAAGAAAGUGUUUGAAAUCUUACGGAUCUACAAGCUUACCAUUAGCAAUAAAUUAUUGUUGAAAAUUUCUGAGGUAGCGUGCAAAAAAACCGUACACUCCACUCCAUUUGCUUGUAACCUCGUUCUCUCGCUAUUGGAUUCAAGCCAAAUCAAUUGCACGAGCUUGCCAUUCAUCCUCGUGAACACACCAGCAGGCGCAGCUUUGCGACAAGGCAUUCACUACAUUCAGCUGAUUCGAGACGGUGGUUUUCGUCAAUUCGACUACGAGGACAAGAAAGUCAAUCAGAAAAUUUAUGGAAGUGACACUCCACCGCCGUAUAACUUGACUCAAAUCAACGUCCCAGUGCAUUUCAUCCACUCAAAAGACGAUAACACAGCAUCAUUCGAAAAUGUGAUGCAAAUGAAAACAAUGCUACCAAAUCUGAAGAGCACAUACCUCGUUCCGAUUGCCGAUUUUUCACACGUCGAUUUCAUCUACAGCCGCUAUCUGCGCAAAGUAAACGACCAUAUCAUUAGAAACAUUAACAAAUCCAAUCUAAAAUGAUUGGAAAGGAUCAACAAGAAAUUGAUGUUGAAUAACUAAACUAAGCGUGAUAACAUUUUUUGUGAAAAUGUGUGAAAAUUCAAAAAUUCAAUAAAGUUUCUACUCGCUGUUCGCUUCUUUGCCAAUUAUUUUACAAUUCAAAAUGCACUUUAGUCGAUCGCUCGAAAUGCACUUAUCAAAACACAAAUAUUAUUCUUGAACUACUCGAGGUGAUAGUUGAAUAAAUAAAACUCAAAUGAUAUUUUGAUCAAUUUCUUGUACCUCUUUUGUUAAAACUGUUUUGUUUGUAUUGCACUUGAACUUUAUCACCUAGUACAUUCACUUUGCAUUCUUGUGUUUCCAUCAAGAUGGAUAUCAAUGUGCAACCAGUUUUGAAUGUUUAGAAAAAAAUAUUUUUGUGCAAAAUCAUCUUAGAUCCUUAAAUUCUAACCAAAUUAAUUGUGUAAGUAAAGAACAUUGUUUUGAUGAAUCAACAAAAA